AUGGCAAAACCUUUACCAAGAAUUGGUUCACGCAGGAAUGGACGUAUUGGUUCACGUAAGAGUGCGCAUAAAAUACCAAAAGGAGUUAUUCAUGUUCAAGCAAGUUUCAACAAUACUAUUGUGACCGUUACAGAUGUACGGGGUCGAGUGAUUUCUUGGUCCUCCGCCGGCACUUGUGGAUUCAGGGGCACAAGAAGAGGAACGCCAUUUGCAGCUCAAACCGCAGCAGGAAAUGCUAUUCGAACAGUAGUGGAUCAAGGUAUGCAACGGGCAGAAGUCAUGAUAAAAGGUCCUGGUCUCGGGCGAGAUGCAGCAUUAAGAGCUAUUCGCAGAAGUGGUAUAUUAUUAAGCUUCGUCCGGGAUGUAACCCUAUGCCACAUAAUGGCUGCAGGCCCCCUAAAAAGGCGUGUGUAA